AUGAAAAUUUUGGCCGUAGCUGAUUGGAUUAUUGCUGACAUGUUAGCCAUCCGACAAAAUGCACUUGGACACGUAAGAUACGUCCUGAAAGAUGGUCUGAAGUGGCUUCCUUUGUAUGGAUGGUAUUUCUCACAGCAUGGAGGCGUGUAUGUGAAGAGAAGUGCCAACUUUGAUGAGAAAGCCAUGAAAAAGAAAUUAUCAUCUCAGACCAUACUGGGUACACCUAUGUAUCUUGUCAUCUUUCCAGAGGGAACCCGCUACAACCCUGAGCUCCAGAAAAUUAUCAAUGACAGUCAGGCUUUUGCUGCUAAAGAAGGACUUGCUGUGCUGCAGCACGUUUUAACACCAAGAAUGAAAGCAUCACAUGUUGCCAUUGAGACUAUGAAGGAACACCUGGAUGCUGUCUAUGACAUAACUGUUGCAUAUGAGGGAACACUCACAGCAGAUGGCCAGAGACAUCCAGCUCCUACAAUGCCAGAGUUCCUGUGCCAGGAAUGCCCCAGGGUACACAUCCACUUCAACCGCUUGGACAUGAGGGAAAUUCCUGUAGAGUCAGUGUUCUUCCGCAGAUGGCUGCAUGAAAGAUUUGAAAUCAAGGACAAGCUUCUGACUGCUUUCUAUGAUUCUGAAGACCCUGAGAAAAAGUGCAGGUUCCCUGGAGAAAGCCAAAAGUCAAAUCUUAGUCUUACAAAGACAUUGCCUUCUCUGCUGAUUUUGGGUGGCCUCACUUUGCCAAUGCUGUUAACAGAGUCAGGUAGAAAACUCUAUCUCAAUACCUGGCUCUAUGGGACUCUGAUUGGAUGGGUGUGGGUAAGUGUAAGUCCAUAAACUAGCCAUACUGA